CACACCACUCUGCUCUUGCCAUUUCCGUCUACAAAAACCCUCGAUCCACCCACGGCCAGCCAGCCAGCAAGCCGCCACCGCAAAGCCGCACAGGAUCCCAAGCCCGAAACCCUAGAGAUCGGUCCGGCCGGCGGAGGCAAAAUGUCGGGUCAGGGCGCCGGCAUGUCGGGCGGCAGAAGGGGAGCAGGGGAGGAGCUGGCGGAGGAGGAAGCGGUGCCAAUGGAGGACGCCGUGAAGAUGCUCGUGGAGCACCUCGUCAAGCCCGCUCUGCCGCGCGGGGCGGUCUACGGCGCCGCCCAGGGCGAGCGCUACAUGACGCCGGACAAGCAACGCGCCGUCGCGCAGCAGAUUCACACGGCUAUCAUUUUGUACAACUACUACCACAGGAAGAUGUCUCCGCAGCUUGCUUUUGCAGAUGCCAAACGGUUUUUUAAGUGUGCUUCUCUUUCUGUUGGAGAAGAUCUGCUCGCAUACUUGAGCAUGGUCCACGAGCGUGAGAACAAUUCUGGCAAGCAUGCCAAGUUAUCUAUUACUGACAAAGCAGCACUACAGGCAUGUGAGAUCGCUGAAGAACUCGACGCGAGCAAACAUUCUCCAGACUUGACAACGUGGCAAAUAUCAAAAGUUGCUGUGCUUCUUCUCGACCCGACAAGAAAAAAAUGUUUGGUUGACUAUAGUGCUGAUACCAAGGGUAUAUGGUCAAUCAUAGAGAAGGAAUUAGAUGCGCCAGCUGGUAAUUCACACAGUACGAACCAGCCAGCAGGCCAGGAAUCGACAGCUAAAGGGAACGUUGGUGCUUCACAUACACCAAUUAUGCUUCAGCGACAAGCAUAUUCAGAGGUGGAGCGUAGAACAGGUAUGAAGGCCUCAAACUUUCGUCUUGUUGAUGAAACCUUGGCAUACUCAUUGAGUAAAGAAAGGGCAGCUACCAAGGUAUUCAUUGUGGAGUAUGGGCAAACCAUGAAAGGCAACCUUGAGGAAAUGUCUCUAGAAGAGUUGAUUACCAGUAUGACUGGUCCGCUAUUUGUGAAUGAUCCAUUUCCAAAAACGACAUCUGUAGUUGAGUACUAUCACAUUCUUCCAUACAAAGAGAUUUUGUCUCAACUCCUCCACAGGAAAUGGUCUUCUGGUUCUUCACCAAACGAGCAAUCACGUCGACAUGGAAAAGGUUCAUUUCACUCCGUAAUAGAUGAAAAUGUGGAAGAGCAAGAUGAGAAUAGCACGUCUAAGCUGCAAAAACGGAUUACAAAAGUGUCAACUCCAAAGCAAAGCAAACAAGCAAUUGGUGCCAGCAAGCACAAGAAAAGCAGCAAAAGAAAAUCUGAAGCCUCCAUGGCUGCAGCUGAUGCCUGUGCAGAGAGUCCGGAUAGUGAGAUUCCCACAAUAAAACAUGUUAUUGAGGUGGAAACUUCAAAACCCAUGACCAAGUCAAGAAAAACAGAAGCUGCAGCAACAGCAGCAAGUGGAGAAACUAAAAUCCUACAAGCGGGUGUUCAAGUGGAGAAGAACAAAACACAGGAGCAGUCUAAAUGUGACAAUAUGCCCCAAGAUGUCUUUCCUACAGAGGCACCGCAUGCUGAUGUAGUGAAGAACCGCAUUUUGGAAUGCGAAAAUAUGGAUUUGUCAGGAAAGCCAGGCGGCACCACUGAGUACAACGAUGAUGACCAGAUAGAGGAUUCACUGCGAUCAAUUCAGAAAAUACGGGAUGAAAUUCUUCGCAAGGAAAGCAUACUUCAAGAACGAAGUGCUCAGUGUGAUAUGGACAUCCAGACACUCUUGAGUGAAGGAAAGAUGACACCUAAAGCUGUACCAAUAAUAAGUAAAUACAAGGAAACUUGCUCAGAUAUGACGGAAGUUGCCAAUUCGUCUUGCUCUGGAGAUGGUGGCCAAUCCAUCACUAAGAGGAAGAGAUUGAGGGAGGCACUCCUACGGCACAAUUCAUACGAGGACCUUUAUGAGAUCUGCCGUGGGGCCCAUUGGAUAUUCCCAAGAUACACAGUAGUACCUUCAGUAUCAGAUGGAAUGUACCACGCCAGCGUACGUUUGAGAUGCCCUGAUUUUGAGAUGAGCAUCACUGGUGGUCUUCGUCCUACCCCACACGAGGCGAAGUGCUCUGCAGCUGCCAAUAUGAUACUGGAGCUUCACAGGAAGGCGGAGCAAGAACAGUAGGGUACCUGACGCAAAACCACCUUGUUAAACUCCAGAAUCCGGGAAAUUGCAGGUAGCUGGAACCAGUUGUUUAGUCAUUGCAACUUUGAAUAAGAAUUCUUGAGAUACCUAAUCGUGUUGGUACCUUGUUUAGCUAUUUACCUUCCGGAGGUUGACUCCUUGUGUUGUUGUUGGUAUUAUGGCUGAUUACUAAGGUCGUGAUAAAUCCCAGACUGUUAUUUCAAAAUUCUGUGACGCUUC